AUGGAGACCAUAGCCCACCCGGUAGACAAGCGGUUCAUCCCCAUUCCCACUCAGUACCAGAUAUACGACUCAUAUACUAUAGACCCACAAUGGCAAAUCAAAUUCACGAUUAUAUGGACAUCCGUCUUAGCGUUCUCUACACUGGUAUCAAUACCAUAUAUAAUACAUAUGUGGAAGAUCGGCAGAUUAUAUUCGGGAUUAUCCAUAAAUGAAUCGCUGGACGAACCAACGUCUUUCCCAGAAACGGAAAAACAGGUAUCUCAGACGAAAAUAACCAAAGAGUCGAAAGGCAGUUCUUUCCUAUCGAGAGGUUACAUAAUAUUCGGAUCCAUUAGUCAAAGUAUCACAUUAUGGACAUUACCUAUGCCAAGGUUGAAAUGGUGGAAAGGUCAAAUAGGAGAUUGUUGUCGGCGAGCCUACUUGACUCUGAGUGUAUCGCAAAUCAUCUUAGUAUUAGGAUAUAUGGUAGCUGUGGUAUGUUGUUUUGUGAUCGGUGCGGAACUUACCCAAAAUUCAAAUCGACCAGGAUUUAUCGCCCUAUCUCAACUACCGGUGAUUAUCCUUCUCUCUCUCAAAUCACCUCUUCCCCUGCCCAUAUUCCUUCCAUCAUUAUCAUACGAACACUACAACUUCCUCCAUCGGUGGGCCGGUCGAACGAUGUUCAUCUCCGCAACGGUCCAUGGGGGAAUGUGGAUCAACCAGUUCAUCCGAAAUGACGAGAUGGAUCAGAUCAGCAGUGAUAAAUCCAAACGAGGGAUAUUAUCUUGGACGUUGAUGUGUAUGAUUGUGAUUACUUCUCUGAAACCUGUCAGGAGGAAGUGCUACCAAUUGUUCUGGAUCGCUCAUGUCAUGUUCUUCGUCGGUUUCUUCGCUGCUAUUUCUUAUCAUACACCCUACAGUAGACCGUGGAUAUACCCCUGCGCAGCUAUAUACGGAUAUGAUCUUUUCGUGAGGAUGUUGAGAUACAGAAUCAAGGAUGCUACUUUGGUUCCUGUGGAUGAUACGUUGACAAUGAUUCACAUAGCAGAUUGCGACUCUGGCUGGUUACCUACCCAACACAUAUUCGUCAAAGUCUUAAAAGGUUCAGGGGUAUUCGAAUCCCAUCCUUUCACUAUUACCAAUGCUACAUCCACCACUGAUCGCGGGAUUGUACUCUAUGCGAAAAUAUCGGGCGACUGGACUAGGAGGAUACAUGAUCUGGCUAGAGAUACUGGCACUUUCGAGGUGGAUAUGGAUGUGGAUGAUGAUCAGAUCAUGGAAGAAACCCAAAGAUUUUUAGAGAAAGAACAACAGAUCAGGGAGGGGAAUGAUAAUGAUAUGGGCAGUGGAUUCGACCAUCCUGGAAGGAAAGUCCAGGUUAUGAUUGAUGGGCCGUACGGAGGACUGAAAAUCGAUUUGGGACAGUAUGAGAAUGUGCUCUUGAUCGGAGGUGGAAGUGGGAUAACGCUUAUCCUCGGAUCGAUCGAGGAAUGUAUAAGACUCAGACAGAGUAGGAAUGAUAAUGGACGGAGACCAAGGAAGGUCGAUGUAAUUUGGGUAGUAAGAGAUAUGUCUACUAUUCAAGCGAUCUCACCUACUUUAACAUACCUUCAUGAUCAAUCCAACAACCUGGGUAUAGAAUUGCAAUACAAUUUAUACUUGAGUAAUCCGCCGAAUCCUUUACCUGAUGUACCUUCGACAUUACCUGGUACAACAAAGUUAUCACCUUACAGACCUGAGAUUUCACAAUUAUUAAGAGAAUCAUUACCCAUACCAACCUCAACUUCCGAUUCCAUUCAGCUCGAGUCGCAUAUGGCGCAAGAUGAGAGCAUGAGAGGAGAUAUCGGAGGUGGUCUAGCUGUGAUAGCUUGUGGUCCGGAGGGAAUCGUCACAGAAAGCAAAAAUGCAAUUGCAAGUCUCAGUGUGAAAGAUAAAGUGAGGAGCGGUGGAAUAGGAUUUCACGGUGAAUGUUAUAGUUUAUAA